CCCUUCGGCUCUCUUCGGCGCUAUUCGGGAGAGCGUCUCACAGUAUCGAUUGCGAGACAGUGUGUGUAGGUGUGUACAUGUUGCGCGCAUCGUAAGCAAGCGGAGCGCGCGCUUGCGAACAUAUCUGACAGACAUCCACAUGACAACUCCUUCCACCUCGCCGCGGGCUGAAGGCCCACCCGACAGCAAAAUGGCUUCAGGCUGCAAUUACGGAGGCAGGCGCCACGUGCCCGCUGAAGGCAGCGUGAUGUGGCAUACGGGCAUCAAUGACUUACCAGACGAACUGCUGCUAAUGAUCUUGUCCCACGUGGCUUUUACCGAUCUACUGGAUGUGGUACCGAACGUGUGCCGUCGUUGGAAAAAGCUGUCUCAAGAUUCCAAGUUGUGGGCUGGCUGUGUCCCACCGUUGCUGGAGGCCUGCACCGAGUUGGAACGUCUGGAACUCUGCGAGGAUGACGACUUUGAGAUGGUCCACAGUAUACCGAGAGAGGCGUUCACUGCCCUGGGAAAGCUGAAGAACUUGCAGGAACUCAGGAUAUCGAUCCCUAUUCGACUACCGCCUGGAGUUGCUCCUCUGGCAUUUAAAUUGGACGUGACAGAUUGCAGAACACUCGGCGGGGCCCUGUUCCCCUACCUCGUCGGGCUGCCGCGACUUCACACGCUUCGAAUGGAAAAUAUGGCUUUUGCGAGGCUGCAACCGGGUGUGAGCAGCAUCCUCGAAUUGUCAGGUGUGCGCUGCCUGACAUUCGAUUAUUCCGUUGUCGCUGGAGUGCCGUUUGAAAAGUUUCCAGAAAAGGUCGUCAAUCUCAGGGAGCUGGGAGUCAAAGAGUGUCAAGGUGACCCGAAGGCCGUAGAAGGGCUGGCCAAGCAGAUGCCCGGUCUUAAAAUCCACGGCGUCAUUCGACCUUUGUAACCGGCUUUCUACGUGUCCGAUAACGAGAGUGGUGCAGAACUUGAAGAGGAGGAGAAUGUGUUGCUUCGCAGUGCAGAGGAACCAGUGGAUGACUGGAGAGUUGCAGUGAUAGUUAAAGAUAACGAUGUCUAGGAUUAAAGCAGUAUAUCUGUUCUCUUUCUAGAGAAUAUAUAAAACUGAUAUGAUAUUUAUAGGGAACUAAUUUUAAAUACUGAUUGCAUCUCAGCUGGAAUAUUGUAACUGGGCCAAAAUUUAAUACUUCUCAACUUUUGUUACUAGACUGUGUGUCGUAGUGGACUGCUGCAGGCUGUCAGGUCGAAAAUAUUUAUUUUGGGUGUAACGUCACAUUAACAUUGGUGGAAACUGUUUUGAAACAGGGUAAUUACAAGUAAUUGUGGAAGUGUGUAGAAAGAACAUAAAUUAUUUACAGUAAUAUUAGGAAAAGGAUAGUGUGCAACUCAGUGGGUCAUCUUUACACUGAUUAGCAGACAAGUACAACGAAUAGACUGUUAUACAUUCUAGCUUCUGGCCGUGUUCGCUCGUGCGAACGUACUCGUAUUUUCUUUGCCGAAGGAGGCUCUGACAGAAAGCGGUAAUGUGUAACAGUCUUUUAGUUGUGCCUGACUGCCAAUCCUUUUCUUAAAAUUGUUGAUAUUCCAGCCUGAAGUUUCCAUUGUUUAACCAUCUGCAAUAGUGUUUGAAUUCUGGCUUUAACGAUCUGCAAUGACGCUCGGUUUCUCGUCGUAAUGACAGUGGAUUUGAAACAACUUUUUCUUUACGAGAUAAAGUGGCAAGACUGAUGAGGUAGCCAUUCUUAAAUAUCACUGGCUGGACUAGCAUGUAUUAUUGUGUACAGUAAUUAAUUUAAAAUAGUUAUGAAAUAUUUGUUAUCUGUUUAUCCAAAAAAAAUUUUCUUGCUUAUUUAUUCACUUUUUAUUUGUAUUAUGUGCAAGUUUCAUCAAAAUAAAUGUUCUC